ACCAUUCAAGGGAGGAAUAAAUAACAUUGAAUUGAAGCAAUGCUUUCUUUUAUACAAACACCCCCCUUUGAUAUAUCACUUUCUUUUUUGGUUGCAUCCAUAUUCAUUAUAUGGAUUUUGUCGAAUUCAAGAAACAAAAAAAACUUACCACCAUCUCCAUGGAAGCUCCCAUUGAUUGGCAACCUUCAUCAGCUAGGACCGAGUCUUCACCAGUCUCUCUUGGACAUGGCCAAGAAACAUGGUCCACUCAUGUUGGUUCACGUUGGCAGCGUACCGCUACUCGUAGCCACCUCUGUUGAAGCAUCUCAAUUAAUCUUGAAAACCCAUGAUUUAGUCUUUUGUAAUCGACCACAUUUAAAAAUCCCCAAUAAAAUCUUCUAUGGCUCCAAGGACAUAGCCUUUGCUCCCUAUGGAGAACAUUGGAGACAGGUGAAGAGCAUUGCAGUGCUCCAACUUUUAAGCAAGACACGAGUUCACUCAUUUCGAAAAGUGAGAGAAGAGGAGACAGCUAAUAUGCUCCAAGAGAUUGGAGAAAGUUAUGGUUCUUCAGUUAAUUUAAGCGAGCUGUUCGUUGCACUUACAAAUAAUGUGGUCUGCAGGGUGGCCUUGGGAAAGACUUAUCGUGGGUUAAAGUUUAAGAACUUGUUGGCAAGGUUAAUGGGUCUGCUGGGUUAUCUUAGCAUUGGAAAUUAUAUUCCAUUGUUGUCUUGGAUAGAUCGUUUGAGCGGUAUAGAACGCAAAACAAAUGAAGUUGCUAAAGAAUUUGAUGACCUUCUUGAGGGUGUUAUUGAUGAACAUAUAAAGAGAAGAGAGACAAAGGUCGAGGGUGAUGACGCAGCUCAAGAUUUAGUAGACAUCUUGCUAGAUGUUCAAAAAGAAAGUGCAGGCGGCUUUGUGGUACACAAAGAUACCAUCAAAGCAGUCAUAUUGGACGUGUUUGCAGCCGGGACUGAUACGACAUCCACUAAUAUAGAGUGGGCAGUUAGCGAGCUAGUAAAACAUCCACGGGUGAUGAAAAAGCUACAACAAGAAGUGACAGAGAUAGCAAACGGAAAAUCCAUGGUUACUGAGGAUGAUUUAAGCAAAAUGAAGUACCUAAAGGCUGUCAUCAAAGAGACCCUUCGGUUCCACAUUCCAGUCCCUCUACUUGUUCAGCGAGAAACCACUCAAGAUGUCAACAUUAUGGGUUACGACAUUCCAGCAGGCACACCGGUGGUGAUCAAUGCUUGGGCGAUAGCAAGAGAGCCUUCAGUGUGGGAAGAACCAAAUGAGUUUAAACCUGAGAGGUUCUUGAACAAUCCAGUUGACUAUAGAGGGUUACAUUAUGAGUUCAUUCCAUUUGGUGCUGGACGAAGAGGAUGUCCAGGUAUUGAAUUUGCUAUCGCAGUUAACGAGCUUGCUAUUGCAAAUUUAGUUUACAAAUAUGAUCUAGCAUUGCCAAAUGGAAACGGAGCCGAGGAAUUGGACAUGACUGAGAUGUCAGGGAUUUCCGUCCGUAAGAAGUCCCCGUUACUAGUUGUGGCGACUCCUCGUUUCUAGUACUUUAUAUCAUAUGGCGAGUAAUUGCAACUUUGUAAUAAUAUUUGAAGAUGGAUUUGAAAUAAAAAUAAAACAUGGAU